UUGGCACUCUAUGGAUAUGAUGCCCCCAUCAAGAACAAACCCCCUGGGAAAACAUGUAAUUGUUGGCCAAAAUGGUGCUGCUGCUGUUUUGGAUCUAGAAAGAAGAACAAGAAAAAGAAGUCAAAUGAAAAAAAGAUUAAAAACAAGGAGGCUUCAAGUCAGAUACAUGCACUAGAAAAUAUUGAGGAGGGAAUCGAAGGAAUAGAUAAUGAAAAAUCUUCCCUAUUGCCCCAAAUAAAAUUUGAGAAAAAAUUUGGACAGUCACCAGUUUUCAUGGCUUCAACACUUAUGGAAGAUGGUGGAGUUCCAAAAGGAGCAAGUUCUGCAUCAAUCUUGAAGGAAGCAGUCCAUGUCAUUAGCUAUGGUUAUGAAGAUAAAACAGAAUGGGGGAAAGAGGUUGGUUGGAUAUAUGGCUCAGUUACGGAGGAUAUACUAAUAGGAUUCAAAAUGCACUGUCAUGGCUGGCGAUCAGUGUAUUGCAUACCGAAAAUGCCGGCAUUUAAGGGUUCAGCUCCUAUAAACCUCUCAGACUGGUGGAGGAAUGAACAAUUCUGGGUAAUUGGCGGCGUCUCAUCACACCUGUUUGCUCUCUUCCAGGGUCUGCUUAAGGUGUUGGCAGGGGUUGAUACAAACUUCACUGUUACAUCCAAAGCUGCUGAUGACGGGGGUUUUUCUGAGCUCUUACCUCUUUAAAUGGACAUCUUUGUUGAUCCCCCCCUUGUCCUUGCUGAUCAUAAACAUGAUUCAUGGGGUCCGCUCUUCGGAAGGCUGAAAAUAGGCACAUCUUUUGAAACCUCAUAAAAAGAAAAAGAAAAGGAAAACGUUUAUGAUAUGUUGGUCUUGACUCACUGUAAGGCACGGAACUGAGUAUGAUUUGAUGUAA